UCAAAAAUUGAACACUAUAAUAAUCAUAAUAAAAUGAAAAGAGUUCAAACUAAUAAAGCAACUCGAAAAGUUGCAUUACGAAAACGUAUCACUUAUAAUAUUUCCGAAACCUUACAAAGAGGAGAAUGUUCGCAAAAUACUGUUAGCCAAGCUUCACAAGUUUCAAUAAACGGAGACGAUAGUGGUGAAAGUUUACAAGAAAAUUUUUCCGAUAGCGAAAGUUUGCUCUCUGAUAAAAGUCAACAUACCAAUGAUCUCGAAUACAAUUCUUCUAUGACUUCAGAUACGUCUAGUAGCAGUGAUCAGUUGUCAGUUACAGAAGAAAUUGAAUUACAAACGGAAGAAGAAAAAAACUUCAACCAAAUUAUAGUAGAUAGUGGAAUCGAUUUUCAGCCAAUACCUGGAGAGUAUGGCCCAUAUUUUAAAAAUUUCACGGAGAUGUCAUUUUUCACUUGGGUCACCCAGCAUAUGAUUA